CUGCCUCCGGUCCAGCAGGUGGCGUGGUGCAGUGUUUCGGUCGUUUGCGAUACCUCAAUUAUCAACGUAGAAGAAGAAGAAGUAGAGACAGUCACUUCCGGGUUAAAAAAGAAAACACAUGGGCUGAAAACCUCUGAAGACAGAAGCUGCAGUCAUGACGAGGUGGGCGAGAGCGAAUAACGUCCACAAACACAAACCAUCAGAAGCGACUCCCUGGAGUCAGCUGAGGGAAGGAGGAGGAGGAAGAGGAGGAAGAGGAAGAGGAGGAGAAGGAGGAGGAAGAGAAGGAGGAGGAGGAGGAGGAGGAUGGAAAGAGGGUCUCCCAGGCAGCAUUAAAUAUGGCACCAUCCUGCCUUUAGGAUCGGCCGUGAAGAAGCCGAAUCGUCCGAAGAAAGAGUACGAAAGCGAAGAUGUGAACGGCUUCCUGGAGUAUCUGCAGCAGAGCGGACAGCCUCUUCCUGGGAUGGGGAGAGGAGGGGGACUGGGGGAGAGAGGGGGGAGGAUGGGGGAGAGAGGGGGCAGGAUGGGAGAGAGAGGGGGGAGAAUGGGAGGGAGAGAUGAGAUGCAGGAGAUCAGAGAGGAGGUGGCGACGGCGCUGAAUAAAGACAGAAGGAGAGAGGACCGGAGGGUGAAGAGGCAGGACGACAAGAGGAGCACCAUGCUGUGCUUUAACUGCAGGAAACCUGGUCACGGAUUGGCCGAUUGUCCGGAGGCGGAGCAAGACGAGGAGAUGGGUCGAGGCAUCUGUUACCGCUGCGGCUCCACGGAGCACGAGGUCACCAAGUGCCGAGCUAAAGUAGACCCGGCGCUGGGAGAGCACCCGUACGCUAAGUGCUUCAUCUGUGGGAAAACGGGCCACCUGUCACGUGGCUGUCCUGAUAAUCCGAAAGGACUUUAUGCACAAGGAGGGAGCUGUCGGGUUUGUGGCUCAGUGGAACAUUUUCAGAAGGACUGUCCGGAGCACCAGGCCACAAGUAACUCGCUGACACUUCCCUGGCUGUCGAACAACAUGAGCGCAGACCACGAGGACGUUCAUGUUCCCGUGAAGAAAAGCAAACCCAAACAAACCAAAGUGGUGACGUUCUGAUCAGAACACACACUCUCUACGUCUGACCCGAACACACACUCUCUACGUCUGACCCGAACACACACUCUCUACGUCUGACCCGAACACACACUCUCUACGUCUCACUGAA